AAUAAAGAUGUUUAAAAAAAAAAAAGAAUCAGCAGGAUGACGGUAAAAUGUUUAUUGGAGGCUUGAGCUGGGAUACAAGCAAGAAAGAUCUGACUGAAUAUUUGUCUCGAUUUGGGGAAGUUGUAGACUGCACAAUUAAAACAGAUCCAGUCACUGGAAGAUCAAGAGGAUUUGGAUUUGUGCGUUUCAAAGAUGCUGCUAGUGUUGAUAAGGUUUUGAAAGUGAAAGAACACAAGCUGGAUGGCAAAUUGAUAGACCCUAAAAGGGCCAAAGCUUUAAAAGGGAAGGAAACCCCCAAAAAGGUUUUUGUGGGUGGGUUGAGCCCAGAUACUUCGGAAGAACAAAUUAAAGAAUAUUUUGGAGCCUUUGGAGAGAUUGAAAAUAUUGAACUUCCCAUGGAUACAAAAACAAAUGAAAGAAGAGGAUUUUGUUUUAUUACAUAUACAGACGGAGAGCCAGUAAAGAAAUUGGUAGAAGGCAGAUAUCAUCAAAUUGGUUCUGGGAAGUGUGAAAUCAAAGUUGCACAACCCAAAGAGGUAUAUAGGCAGCAACAGCAACAACAAAAAGGAGGAAGAGGUGCUGCAGCUGGUGGACGAGGAGGUACUAGGGGUCAUGGCCAAGGUCAGGGCCAAAACUGGAACCAAGGAUUUAAUAACUAUUAUGAUCAAGGAUAUGGAAAUUACAAUAGUGCUUAUGGUGGUGAUCAAAACUAUAGUGGCUAUGGCGGCUCUGGUUAUACUGGGUAUAACUAUGGGAACUAUGGAUAUGGACGGGGAUAUGCAGACUACCGUGGCCAACAGAGCACUUAUGGCAAGCCAUCUCGAGGGGGUGGCAAUCACCAAAAUAAUUACCAGCCAUAUUAAAAAGGGACGUUGGAGAAAACAGGAAGAGAUUGCUAAAGCAACCCAUCUUGCAAGGACAACAUUGAAGAUUGGUCUUCUGUUGAUCUAAGAUGAUUAUUUUGUAAAAGACUUUCUAGUGUACAAGACACAACUGUGUCCAACUGUAUAUAGCCGCCAAUUAGUUUUCUUUUUUACUUUGUCUUUUGCUAUCUGUGUUAUGACUCGAUGUGGAUUUGUGUUUAUACAAAUUUUAUUUGUAUGAUUUCAUGUUAAACCUCAAAUAAAUGCUUCCUUAUGUGAUUGUU